GGGAGGGUUGCUGAAGCAGUGUAGACUUGUUGUUGCACCUGGACUUACUCGGAGAUAUGACUCUCCAACCUACAAGUGUCCCAGAGCAAAACAACACUAAUGGAACGGUUUGUCCUGAUCUGUACGACUGGGAGUGGCUCUACACUGGUCAGCCAGUGUAUAUCUUGCUCAUUACUGUGCUGGGAACCAUGCUCAAUGUGUUUGUCCUGAUGGUUUUCUGGCUUCACAAGAAGGCCUGCACUGUGGCUGAGAUCUACUUGAGCAACCUGGCUGCUGCCGACCUCGUCCUGGUGUCUUGUUUGCCUUUCUGGGCUGUCAACGUAUCCAACGGUUUCAAUUGGCCUUUUGGUCUGUUCAUGUGCAAAGUCGUCAACCUGGGCAUUAAGAUAAACGCCUACUGCACCAUCUACUUCCUUGUUCUGGUUAGCAUGGAUCGCUAUGUGGCACUGGUGCACACAAUGUCCCAUGGCAGAAUGCGUCGGACAAAAUAUGCCAAACUGGGCUGUCUGCUGAUGUGGGGCUUCGGCUUGCUCCUGAGUGUCCCCACAAUCGUCUUCAGGGAUGUGAAAUAUUUUCCUGAGUAUGGCGUAACUGCAUGCUUUCUGGAGUACCCAAACUUAACUGCAGCGCUGUUCUUUGAUGCAAUGUUGAUAGUUUUUAGCUUCAUUGUCCCCAUUUCCAUUAUCUCAUUUUGCACUGUCAAGAUUAUUCAGGCUUUGAAGAUCCAGGUGAUUGAGAGGUUCAAUGCCGAGAAAACAGAACAGAAGGCCACCCAUCUGAUGCUGGCGGUCCUUCUGGCGUUCCUUAUCUGCUGGCUGCCAUUCCACAUGGUCACCAUACUGGACGUGCUCUCACGAGCUGACAUCCUGAGAGGGUGUCCCCUCGAGUCUGUCCUAGAAAUCUGCAAUCAGAUCUUCACCUACUUGGCCAUGUUCAAUAGUGUUCUUAACCCCAUCGUCUACGUUAUUGUAGGAAAGAACUUUCGUAAAAAGGUUUGUGAAAUCUUCAAGGAGUGGAAUAUUAAGAAAACAGCCACGUCUGAGUCCUCGCGUUCAUCAAACCUGUCCUGCACACUGAAGACUUUGGCAUAAAAUCCUGCUUUCAAAAGCACUGUUCACAUUCAAAAUCUAAUUUGUAGAAACAUGUCUGUAGCGGUAGCUAAUUUGUAGAAACAUUGUCUGUAGCGGUAGACUUGUGUAAAUGUAAAUCCUUGAUGAUAAGCUUAUUCUUUAUUAGAUUUGUUGCGGAUGUAAUUGUGGAGUAGGCCUAAUGGGACCAAGUCACCCUUCCUCAAAUCACUCUUUGACGUCUUCGAUCGCCUUAACAAGAUUAACAUGCUUUAAUUAUUUUUAAAUGAUGUGGUUAUAUGUGUAAGUCCUUACAAGGCUUGAUUAGUUGUUC